ACGGCGGCCUCAAAGAGAACAGCAGAUGUUGACCAAAGCCUGCAGUGAAGAUCAGCCGUUAUCUUGCUGCUGCUUCUUCUUCAUGGCGCUUGAAAGCAGACAAGAUGAAGAGUGGAACAUCUCUUUGGCCGGCUGCGGCUUCAGGAGCGUCUACUACCUGGGAGCGCUGACUUGCAUCCAGGAGCGAGCGCCUCACCUCAUCCACGGUGCUUCCAGAAUCGGCGGCGCGUCGUCGGGAUGCCUCGUGGCUGCGGCGUUGACCGUCGGCCUUCCCAUUGAACAUUUGUGUGUGGACGUGUUGAGUGUGGCCAAGGAGGCCAGAAGACACCGCCUGAGCGUCUUCCACCCAACCUUCAGCCUCCUGCGGACGGUGCGGGACUCCCUGAGGGAGAAGCUUCCAGAAGAUGCCCACCUGAGGGCCUCGGGGAGGCUCUGCGUGUCCCUCACCAGAAUGUCUGACGGGAAGAACGUCCUGGUGUCUCAGUUUGACAGCAGGGACGAGCUCAUCCAGGUGCUGAUGUGCAGCUGCUUCUUCCCCAUUUACUGUGGCUUCAUCCCACCUUCAUAUCGUGGAGAGCUGUUCAUGGACGGUGCCCUGAGUAACAACAUGCCGCUGUUCGAGCAGCGUAACACCAUCACCAUGGCCCCCUUCUCCAGCGAGAGCGACAUCUGCCCCAAAGACACCGCCUUCACAUUUGUGUCCGUGCACUGCUCUAACCUCAGCAUCCAGGUGACCACAGACAACGUGUACCGCAUCUGCACGUCCUUCCUUCCCCCUGCACUCGAGGAGUUGGCUGACAUCUGCCACAGCGGCUACGUGGAUGCUCUUCGUUUCCUGAGACAAGAAGGUCUGCUUGGAACGUCGUGCUCGCAGGCCAAGGCAGACAGUCCGAAGCUAGCUGAGGGACAACACCAGUGGCGGGAGCAGAAACACACAGAGAACCUUCUACUUAAGAGAGUGCUGUGUGCAGCGUGCGGGGACACAGGUCACGUCGGUGCCGGUACAUCCCAUCCACUCAGAACUUUGUUCUGUCUGCUGACUCCACUCAUGUUGACUGCAGAGUGGAUCUUCUUCCUCAUAAAGAGCCUGCUGGUGACCACCACCAACCUCAUUGGACAGUGGAGGCCAUGACGACAACAAGGUGUGUGCAUGCAUUCAUUUGGUGUUUAAAAAAAUAAUAAAAAAAAAAACACAUCCAAGUGUGUUAAAGUGGCUGAAAAAGAACAUUAAAGCGAACUGCCAUCAUGUAAAAAAAAAAGCACCAUCAGGAUAUUUUAAUAAACAAACAUCACCUAAUGUCCUCAAUAACAUUAAAAAAACCUAAAACUGCUGAAGAGUAAACAAUAAGUUCAUGGCGAAAGGCUGCUGAGGUAAUUCACGGUGGAAUCCGUGAUGCGUUUGAGACCCGGAUGGUGAGUUCAUAGUGGAUGUACAUUUUAAAAGACAAGUCACAGCAUCAUUUAGUUGAUGUAACAGCAUAGCUUCUUAAAAAGCACAUUCUUAAAAAGGACAUCUGUCCACGCUGAAAAGCACUUUUUGACCCUCCAAGAGCAGUAGUCCUCGAUGCUCACUCUUACUGCAUCACUGUGCAGUAUUUCUGUCACUAGGAGAUCACUGGGAGCCUUAGAAAACAGCUCUUAAUCAAUGUGAGGCUGGACGAGUCCUUGGUUGUCCCUAAAAAGGACAAGCCCGGGAGACCCCACAGAUGGACACAGUCCAAAAUCUUGAAGAAAGUCUUCGCAUAAGAACUGAAGUUGUUUUAGCUGCACUUCCUGUAGGUCUCAAAUGGUUUGUCCAUGAAGUUGAGAGCUGAGGGCUUUAAUUUGCACACUUCCGUACUUACACUUUACAUUAAGUAUACUGUGUACACUGCAUACUUGGUUCCUAAGAGUGUCAAUUUGGACAGUGUAGUGCUGUCCCACAUCCGGAAAUGACUACUGCAAUAUUUAUCCAACUGCAACCACUGAACUUAGUCCCUCCCCUUCCACUACGUAGCCAAGAUGGCGAUGAUGGAGGGUGGUUAGGGUCUAUCGCCGUACACUCACCAUCCGGGCACUGACAGUGUACGGCGUUUUGCCGUACUUCUCAGCGUGAAUCCACUUACAUGUGUACUCAAAAUGCUAAGUGUACGUACGGAAGAGUGUGAAUUCAAACAGAGUGAUGCUAGGGAAGUUAGCUGUUUCAAGGAGUGUGCUGCCCCCAAUUGGUCCGGAGUGUGAAGUGCAAGAUUGAGCCAGUUUUCCUUUUCGGCAGCAAAUGAGCGGUUUAAAAAGGACAGUCAAAAAGUCAUUGUCCCUGAUUUGAGGUCGGUGAAAACGACGUCCGUGAAGAUCAUCGCACAAGAACAAAACAAAAUUCUAAAAUGAGAGCAGAAAGAAGAUUCUGCAAAAUGCCUACCAAGUCUAUCUAAGCCUGUACCAUGUCCACUAAUGAUUAUUAUCACGACGGGAGGAUGGCAGCGUGGCCUCGCUAACGUCUUCUCCUCCUCACACGCCACCGUCUUCUCCUCCUCCGCUGAUGUCUGGAAUCUCAUUGCCGAAUGACUGCGACUUCCAUUGUCUAUCGGGACAUUGGCCUUCUGAACUUUGCGAUGUGCUCGCCUCCUGUGCUCGCUCUGCUAUACGGGGUGAGAGGGGGACACACAAAUGUGAGGUUACGCCAGUAUAACUUGCAUCCUUACUUCUGCCAAGGAUGUUUUAUUUAAGAGUAGGAGUAUCAUUAGUGUGUUUUUACUGCAUUUAAUGGCUCAAAGAAGAUGUUAGAUUGACAUGUGCUUACCUGUGUUUUCACUUGGUGAGAAGGGACAGUGUCCAUUGGCCUGACCCUGGCCUCCUUCAGCUCCUGGCUCCAUGUAUGCGCCACCGUAGGCGUCCUCGUAGCCUGGAUCGUACUGCUCCUCCUUGAUGGCAAGCCUCUUGGCAUCCUCUGUGGACACGCAGAAGAGUCAAGUAAACACAGCAUCUCACCCGCAUCAUCAUCGUCAUCCAUACCCUUUGCCAGGUUCAGGUCAAAGGAGUAGUUGACCUCCUCGAUCUCUCUGGGCCUGGCUGUGCCCCGCAGCUCAUCUCUGAGCUCCCUCAGCUUGAUGUAAAAGUGCACUUUGUCCUGAGCGCGAGGGAACUGAGCACAGCGAGCGCUGGAUGAAGGCAUCAGGUACAGAGCCUGAGAGCAAGGCACAAGACAUUUCAGGACUGCUUUCUUGUCUUUUCAUUCAAAUUGACAGGAUUUUGCUCACUUUUGAUUGAUGCCGACACACAAUAUUCCAUUCAGCUUAUUAGAAGUCAAUUGUGUCUGAAGUACAAUGAUGGGAGAUAUACCACAGACCAAGUGGAACACAUGGCAGACAUUUGGGAUGUUUGUUCUAAAAUACUACUAAUGUAUGUCAAAGAUGUGUGACACAUACAGUACCACUCAAAGUGUCUCCAAACUUUUGACUGGUGCUGUAGUGUUACAUUGAUGGUUACGUUCAUGGUGAAUAUAUUCCUUAUUUGAAAAGAACUCAACUUGACACUUUUUUGUGUUUAA